GCCGGAGAUCUAAACAAUCUAAACAUUAAACAGUACAGCUGCCUCAAAUCCCUGGGAAUUUCAGAAUGACUGACACUUCUGAAGCUGUUCCAAAUUUUGAAGAGAUGUUUGCCAGUAGAUUCAAAGAAGAUGACAAAGAGUACCAGGAAUACCUGAAACGCCCUCCUGAGUCCCCUCCAAUUGUUGAGGAAUGGAAUAGCAGAGCUGGUGGGAACCAAAGAAAUAGAGGCAAUCGGUUGCAAGAUAACAGACAGUUUAGAGGUAGGCAUAGCAGACGGGGGUGGCCAAGUGACAAUCGAUCCAAUCAGUGGCAUGGACGAUCCUGGGGUAACAAUUACCCACAGCACAGACAAGAACCUUACUACCCCCAUCAAUAUGGACAUUAUGGUUACAACCAAUGGCCUCCCUAUGGCUACUACUGA